ACCGCCUCCUCUUUUCCUUCUCCUCCACCUCCUCCGCCGCCUGACGAGGGGACGGGGGUGGCAGUCGCUGAGAGGAGGCAGCGGGGGGUCGGCGAGGCAGGAGACAGCCUGCGAGGCUCCGCCGGUCCGGGCUGCUUCUCGUCCUCUUUCUCCUGCGUGCAGAGCGCUGAGAACCGGCCAUGGUGAAGGUGUCGUUCAACUCCGCGUUGGCGCAGAAGGAGGCUGCGAAGAAGGAGGAGGAGAACAGCCAGGUGCUGAUCCUGCCGCCGGACAGCAAGGACCCUGAGGAUGCUGUGCCUGUUGGGCAGAGGAGGGCCUGGUGCUGGUGCAUGUGCUUUGGAUUGGCCUUUAUGCUGGCUGGUGUGAUCCUGGGUGGUGCCUAUCUGUACAAAUAUUUUGCAUUCCAGCAGGGUGAUGUGUAUUUCUGCGGAAUAAAGUACAUUGAAGAUGGCUUAAGUUUACCUGAGGCUGGGGCAGAGGCUCAGCGUGCUCACUACCACACAAUUGAGCAAAAUAUUCAGAUCCUGGAGGAAGAAGAUGUUGAGUUUAUCAGUGUGCCAGUCCCUGAAUUUGCUGAUAGUGAUCCUGCUGAUAUAGUCCAUGACUUCCACCGGAGACUCACUGCCUAUCUUGACCUUAGCCUGGAUAAGUGCUAUGUGAUUCCUCUGAACACUUCAGUUGUUAUGCCACCAAAAAAUUUCCUGGAGCUGCUCAUCAAUAUCAAGGCUGGAACAUACUUGCCUCAGUCCUAUUUGAUUCAUGAACAGAUGAUCGUUACUGAUCGCAUAGAAAAUGUGGAUCAGCUGGGAUUCUUUAUUUACCGCCUCUGCCGUGGCAAGGAAACCUAUAAACUACAGCGCAAAGAAACCAUGAAAGGAAUUCAGAAGCGUGAAGCCGCCAAUUGCCGAAAGAUUCGACACUUUGAGAACAGGUUUGCUAUGGAAACGCUCAUCUGUGAACAGUAAUGAGGAAUAUUACUGUUACAGAAGACUUAAAAAAUUACAGUAUGACCCCACCCUUUGUAUUGUGUGCAGUGAUUAUUUUUUAAAAUCUUCUUUUAUGUAAGUAGUGGACCGGGCUUUCUUGCUGAACACCUUCCAUACUUUUCAUCUCAUGAUACAUGUAAAAUCAAUAUGUUUUAGUUUUUUCCUUAUUUUCAGGUGUGGUGUUCUUAUAUUUGAAUAGCAAUUGUAUAAAGACUUAGUUGCUAGUACAUUUCACGUGAUGAAUCUUGAAUACUAGGAAGAGGAGGAAGUCUUUGAAAUAUCCACCAGUUUUUAAACAAGUAAAAUUGAAAAGAAUUAUUAAUGUACAAAUGGACUGCAAGAGCUACUUCUAACUGUAAUAUUACCUGCUAUAUAGUUUGUUACAGCAUAUAGACAAAUCUGUAUUUGACUCUCCCUAACCAAGUGCAAUUUGUUUUGGUUUUAAAAUAUUGUCAUAUUUACCUUUUUAGGUUGAUUUCUGACUUGAUGUUUUGAAAUGGCAAGUGUUUGCUGUAACAAUCUUUUAGAAAAUUAAGAAGUAACUUAUGUUACUAACUUGUAUAUAAUCCAUGUAUGUGCAAUGGAAAAUAAACCUUAUAAACCUGUUUGUCUAAAA